AUGGCUUCUCCUGUGUGCACCGGUACUCCAUCGCAGGCUCAGUCGCAAUCACGGUGUGACGGCUCUACCAAUGAGCUUUUGCUUCGCUUAACGGAACAGCUUAGUGCGUCUAGCGUUAACUUGAAUGAGCAGUUGCGUGAGUCGAAUAGUCGUUUUUCUGCUUUUGUUGAAGAGCAGAGGCGUACUAACAGCGAACUUAUGGAUAAGCUUGACAAGCUGAGUUGUAUUGCAAGCAAUGUCGAGUCCAAUACUAAUCGUAUUGUAGAGUUGGAGCAGCAAUGCGCUGCUCUUAGGAGUGAGAUCCGUGAGCUGAGAGGUGAUCAUGGUCGUUUGCCUGUUCCGCCGACUCAAUCUGAGAAUGAGCUGAUAAUAUCGGGUCUGCCUGGUGUAUUGUCUAUUGCUCCCUCGGUGUGCGUGCGCAAUGUAUUCGCUGCUCUUGACAUUCCUGAUCUAACUUGUCAUGUUCUUGAUGUCAGAGCUGUCAAACAUGCAAAUGAUGUUGAUGUAAAUGAUGUUGCCGCAAAUGAUGUUGACGCAAAUGAUGAUGUUAACGUAAAUGAAAAUAUUGGUGGUGCAGGCGUACAUCAUAUUGUUGAUAUAAAUAAUAUUCCUGUUGUCAUUGAAGGAAAUAAUGAAACUCUUGAUUCCGUACUACGAAACGUUAUUGAAAUAAAAGAAUUGUGUAGGCGAAUAGAUGAACGUUUAAAUACAAUGGAAAAUAGAAACAAUGUCAAUGUUAAUCAUAAUAAUAUUGAUAUGCUUCCGCAAUUACCAAUGAAUAAUAUUGAAGAAAUUGAUAAUUUUGAAAUUAUAUUAGCAUCAGCAGAAGCACAAUCACAAUUAAUUAAUAUGUUAGUUAUGAUAGGCGGUACAACAACAAAAGAUGCAAUGAAAAGAGCACUGCAAAAAUUAUUCACUAAUAAUCUUGCAUCCAAGUGUUCUUGGACUGGAGCUAAAAAUAAUUUUAAACUAAAAGAAUUGAAAAUUAUUAUUUGCAUGAAAGCUUCAAUAAAAAAGACUUGUCCAUCUAUUACUGAAGCUGAAUUUGAAGAUAUUCUAAAAACUUGGUUUAGACAAGCAAACUUGCGGUUACUUCGUGAAAAUGCGAGAAAAAAUGUGAUAAAUAACACAUAAACAUAUUUUACUCUAUCAAGUAAGCUAAAAACUAUUAGUGAUUUUUUUUUAUAAAAAAUGUUAUAUAUAGA